UUCGUACCUCCCUCCCCAGUGAAAGAAAUGCCUCCUGCCUCAUCGGCUUUUAAAAGUACUCAAGAAUCUCCUCUUGAGAAAAUAGCUGAAUACGUGAAAAGCAGCUCAGUGGACUCUGCUUUCGCCAGCUGUUGCUCCCAUGAAGGGCAGGAAGAUAACUUGUUGCAGCACGGAAAUCUUCUGUACUGUGUGAUGGAGGGAAUCUGUGAUCUGUUGGAUUCCAUCCCAGAAAGGGAGCUGAAGUCUUUGUCUCAUGGGAAGGAGCUUCUGCAGAAGAGAGAUCACAGAAGAAGACUGUUAAAUUAUACUGAAGCACGUGGGAAGAACACCAAUACCUCUCCCAACGUAAACCACCAAACAUCUUUGGGGGGUGACAACUCUCUGUGUGGUGAUGUUUCUCGUCAACUAAAAAAGGGUAACGCCACUGGCCCCCGAAGGAGCUCUUUCUGUGGUGGUGAACUUUUCUCCAGAUCUCUACCUGCUGUUGAGAACCCGCACAAAUAUCAUUCAACCCCCUUUGCUCCCAAAACACAGCCCCCAAAUGAGGCUGAGGUAUUAAGUCUUUCAGAGAGUUCCAGUUUGAACAGUGACAUCUCAGAAAAUGCAGGAAUUUCUUUAUCCAAGUGGGAUGUCCUUGAAGGAUCGUUGCUUGGGGAUGAGAGCAGCGAGUGCUGGCUGAGUUCCAAGUUGACCCUGGCAGCUGCAAGGGACCAAAACAAUCCCUGCUUGGCCAAGAGCCAUUUGGGAGGCGAGAGGUGCUCUUCAGCAGCAGACCUGGAUUUUGAUAUUGAUGAUUUCGAUCAACUGGAUGAUAUGCUAAAUAGCUCCGUAGUUGAACAGCCGUCAGUGGGGCUCUGCCAACUUGUUCGGGAAGAUCAUCAUGCCAAAGGAAAAAUCUCCCUUGCAGUGGAACGAAAUGGCCAUCUUUCAAAUUCUGCUUCCCCCCAACCAAACAGCUUCAUGCCUGUCAAGAGCUGUGCAGCCCCACUGAUCCAAAAUCCACCUAAAAACACAGCACUGGAGUGCUUCAAAGGCUUAACAUUUCCCCAUUCCAACGAAAUGAUGAAGAUAUUUCACAAAAGAUUUGGCCUUCAUCACUUCCGAGUCAAUCAGUUGGAGGCCAUCAAUGCUGCUCUGCUGAAUGAAGACUGUUUCAUCUUGAUGCCUACAGGGGGUGGCAAGAGUUUAUGCUAUCAGCUGCCGGCCUGCGUUUCCUCAGGCGUCACCAUUGUGAUCUCCCCCUUGAGGUCACUGAUAGUAGAUCAAGUUCAGAAGCUGACAUCGAUGGAUAUUCCAGCUACUUACCUGACGGGUGAUAAGACAGAUGCUGAGGCUUCCAGAAUUUACAUGCAACUCUCAAAAAAAGAUCCCAUCAUAAAACUUCUCUAUGUCACUCCAGAGAAGGUCUGUCUGAGUGGCCGCCUGAUGUCCGUCCUGGAGAAUCUGUAUGAGCGGCAGCUCUUGGCCCGCUUUGUGAUUGAUGAGGCGCACUGUGUCAGUCAGUGGGGCCAUGACUUUCGCCCAGACUACAAGCGGCUGAAUAUGCUUCGCAAGAAGUUUCGCUCCGUUCCCAUGAUGGCCCUCACAGCCACGGCCAACCCCAGGGUGCAGAAAGACAUACUCAACCAGCUGGAGAUGCAUCAACCACAAGUGUUUAGCAUGAGCUUUAACAGGCACAACUUGAAAUAUGAUGUUUUGCCCAAAAAGCCAAAAAGUGUUGCUUUGGACUGUUUGCAGUGGAUCAGAAAGUAUCACCCAUAUGACUCUGGAAUAAUCUACUGCCUCUCGCGGUACGAGUGUGACUCGGUUGCCAGCGUUUUGCAGAAGGCAGGUGUGCUUGCGCUUGCAUAUCACGCUGGUCUCCCUGACAACACCAGGGAUCUUGUGCAGAAGAAGUGGAUAAAUCAGGAUGGAUGUCAGGUGAUCUGUGCAACCAUUGCUUUCGGCAUGGGGAUCGAUAAGCCAGACGUGCGCUUUGUUAUCCAUGCCUCUCUCCCUAAGUCCAUUGAAGGCUACUAUCAGGAGUCAGGCCGUGCUGGGCGCGACGGUGAAAUGUCCCACUGCCUGCUUUUCUACAGCUAUAGUGAUGUCACCAGGCUGAGGAGGCUCAUUUUGAUGGAAAAAGAUCGGAACAGACAUUCUCAGCAGACUCACUUCAACAACCUCUACAGUAUGGUUCAUUACUGCGAGAAUAUAGUGGAGUGCCGGAGGCUGCAGCUGCUGGCUUACUUUGGGGAAACUGACUUCAAUUCUAAGUACUGUAAGGAACAUCCUGAAGUAAGUUGUGAUAACUGCGGCAAAAAACAGGAUUAUAAAUUGAAGAAUGCAACAGAAGAGGUAAAGAACAUUAUUCGGUUUGUUCAAGAGCAUUGCAAUGAAAGUGGAGCAAGAAGUGUGAAGAGAAAUGCGAGAAGAUACACACUGAACAUGAUGGUUGACAUUUUCUUGGGUACAAAAAGUGCCAAGAUUCAGUCGGGCAUAUAUGGAAAAGGAGCGGGUUACUCACGCCAUAAUGUUGAGCGGCUGUUUAGAAAGCUGAUACUGGACAGGAUUCUGGAUGAAGAGCUGUAUAUCACGGCCAACGACCAAGCAGUUGCCUAUGUCCAGAUAGGGGAGAGAGCACAAUCAGUGCUGAAUGGUUCUUUGCAGGUGGAGUUCUGUGAGACGGACAGCGCCAGCAGCAUUCGCAAGCAGCGGGUCUCAGCAGCCAACACAUCCAAGCGGGAAGAGAUGGUCAAGAAAUGCCUCUCAGAACUCACCAAUGUUUGCAAAAACCUUGGGAAGCUGUUUGAUGUCCAUUACUUCAACAUUUUCAACACUGCUACCCUUAAAAGAAUAGCGGAGUCAUUAUCUUCGGACGCAGCAGUUUUGCUUCAGAUUGAUGGUGUUACAGAGGACAAACUAGAAAAGUAUGGAGCAGAAAUAAUCGAAGUGAUGCAGAAAUACUCUGAAUGGACACUGCCAGUAAAUGAAGAACCAGGCCUAGGCAUGGAUGUUGAAAGAAAUUACAGUAUUGACAAGGAAGCAGCAUGUACAACAUCUGGCUACUUUCGCAAUGGAGCCAACAAGGGAAGGAAGAGAAAAAAGCCACAAUUCUUCAGAGAAUCCAAGAAGAAGAAAACAGGCUCCAGAGGUUAUCAGGCUCAUUCUAAAAGGGAUCACAAAAUCGGCACCUCAAGCGGCUCCAAAGUCCACAAGGGGCCUGGGAUUUUGGCUCUGCCCAAACCUCGAAGCAGGCAAUACCUGAAACCUUCUUACUCCUUUGUGUGAUGUUCCCUCUGUCCUUCUUCGUUUGUAUGUACAGUUCUU